CAACGUAUUCAUUGAAAACCACGUUUAUAAAUUUAUUUAUUACGUAUCGUUGUUUUUCGGUACUUGGAUGACAAUCACUCCGAAAACGCAUAAGGUCAUAGCGUGCACGAUUUCAUUGUUAUGGUGUUUAACCAUCGUUGUCAACCAAAUAGAUUACGUAAUGAAACCUUGGAUAAUGGAAGAUUCGGAGAAAACCAAACAAGACGUGGCUUUCGAAAAAAUAAUACAUUUGGAUUUUUGGACAUACAAUGCGAUAUGCUUACUUAGUUGCUUGUUUCCGUUGAUAGGUAAACAAAUAGAAGUCAUUACGAUGCAGCAGCUGAAGACGUCAACAAAUAAGUGGAGAAUCAUAACCGUAUUUGUGUUAGUCGUAGGAAACUUAGUGCCAGCGUGUUUUUCGUUCAAUUUUCCGGGUAUUCAAAAGAAAGCCGGUUCCGCGUACAACUUACUAUUUCAAGAUAUUUGCAAAUUAGGAAUAUUGACUGUGGACCUUCAGUUUGCAUGGUUUUGCUGGAGUCUCGAAGACGAAUUUUUAAGGCUGAACGACAUCUUGCAGCAGAUGACUGUUUCGUCUGAGAUACCAACCGCAAUGGUGGUAAAAGGCCAAAGCAGGAAGACCAUGAUCACGGAAAGAAAUAAUUAUUAUCACAGGUACGAUGUCUACAGGGUGGAAGUGGCGUACGCGAAACUUAUGCGUAGCGCGACACUGGUCUGCAGCGUCUGCGAGGAACGCGUCCUGAUGAACGCGUCGUGUUACAUGUUCAACACGAUAUGCGGUCUGUUCGACACGAUUUCGGCUUAUAGGACUCGGGGGGCACCUCUUCUCUUGGCCAUUAUGCACCUGUCGUGGGUGUUGAACUGUGCCGGCAGAAUAGCCCUGAUGUGUUUCGCAGCGUCUUCUGUCGUCGACCAGGACGAUCGUCUACACGAUUUGGCUCAGAUCGCAAGAGAAACGUUAGGCGUAUACGGUGAGUGUUGGGAGAUGAAACGAUUGUCCCGGCGUCUGAGGCAUAGCAAAAUGAAAUUCGACGUCUGUGGUAUGGUGACGGUAGACAAGACGCUUCUAUCGUCGGCAGUGAUCAGCGUAAUUUCGUAUUUGGUGAUUGUAUUGCAGUACAACUACAGUUAAACCAAAUCCCUGCAGCGAAUCGGUGUAAUUUAAAUAAUAGCGUAAAUCCGUGGACACAACAUGUAUACUGCAAU